UCGGGGUGAAACACUUAGUGAAAUUAAACGGAGCCGACUAAGUUAACGCAAAUUGAAAAAUAUAACCUACAUGAGCCAUACGUCCGGAAAUGAUCGUCGCAGUGUAAAAAAUGCCGGAAAAAAUCACCGCCAUCGCCCGGAUCGGAGAUUAGACCCCUCGGUGCGCGAAAAAGUGCUGUGACUAUGUCCAUUCUGGAGCAGUCGCGAGGGCUACCUUUGAUCCAAGGAAUGCCCCCCAGCAUGCCCCCCAUGGACGGCCCCCCCAACUCCGAGGUGCUGCUCGCACUGCUGGCCCGCAACAAGGCGCUCGAAGCAACAAUUCCCAAAUGUGGCGGCUGUCAUGAGCUGAUCCUCGACCGUUUUAUCCUAAAAGUAGCCGAGAGGACGUGGCACGCAAAAUGUCUUCAAUGCAGCGACUGUCGUAUCCAGCUGACUGAUAAAUGUUUCGCCCGCAACGGUCAACUCUUCUGCAAAGAAGACUUUUUCAAUGGGUGCAGACGGUUCGGCACGAAGUGUGCUGGAUGCGACCUGGGGAUCCCUCCGACGCAGGUCGUCCGAAGGGCGCAAGAUAACGUCUACCACCUGCAAUGCUUCUCGUGCGUCAUGUGUGCCAGACAACUCAACACCGGAGACGAAUUCUACCUCAUGGAGGACCGCAAGUUGGUUUGCAAACCCGACUACGAGGCCGCCAAGUCUAAAGCCGCCGAAUGCCUCGACGGAGACCAGCCCAACAAAAGGCCGAGAACUACGAUAACUGCAAAACAACUAGAAACGCUCAAAAAUGCCUACAACAAUAGUCCAAAGCCUGCAAGACAUGUUAGGGAACAACUCAGCCAAGACACAGGACUUGACAUGCGGGUUGUUCAAGUGUGGUUCCAGAAUAGACGAGCGAAAGAAAAACGGUUGAAAAAGGACGCGGGAAGGACACGUUGGAGUCAGUAUUUCCGGUCCAUGAAGGGAGGAUCGUCCCCCCGACAUGACAAACUCCUCGACAAAGACGAAAUGAAAGUUGAUCUUGAUAGUUUCAGCCAUCAUGAUCUGAGCGACGACAGCUACGGCACCGUGGUCAACAUGAGCAUGGACCAAGACGGGUCGUCGCCCCACAGUGGUAUCGGUCGGCCUUCUUUCUUMCACGGUGCCACCUCCCCGUCCUACCUGCCGGGCCAUACGCCGCCCCACGGUCACGAACCGUUCCCAUACCCCGACCAAUUGGCGGUGUAUGCCAGUCUGGGACAGGGUCCACCCCCCGGUAUGUCCUUGCCGCACAACAUGCCUCCCGGGGCCGACACCGACAUCAGCAACGAUAGCAGUCCUCGGGGAUACCCCGAUUUCCCUCCGAGUCCCGAUUCGUGGCUGGGGGAGCCGUCCAGUGCCCACUACUGACCCAGCAAAUCACAAAUAACGAACACUGUCACGAUAUUUAUAUGCGAUUUAAAGUUUCUAUUCAUGUGUCAUUAUGCGUGUAUACAGAGURGCACGGUGCACAACAAUGACGGGCCGAAGUGUACAGCUCUUGUUCUAGUCGAGAUUAAAGAGAUAUUGUACCAUAAGUGUCAGGUUUAAUAUUCUAGUCGUCAAUUUAUUUUAUAUAUUUUAUUGUUUCAUUAUUAUAUUAUUUAGUAAAUUAUUAU